AUGUGUGAGGCAGCGUAUGAUAACUAUACAGAAAAUCCUGAAGAAUUUAUGAAAUUUUUAGAAGAAUCGGAGAAACCAUUAUACAAGGGAUGUCAACGUUACACAAAAUUGAGUGCACUUGUGAAACUGUACAAUACCAAAGCAAGGCAUGGAAUGAGUGAUGCUCUAUUUUCAGAUAUACUAUUAGAUUUUGGGGAUAUGCUACCAAAUGAUCACAAUCUACCAUCCUCAAUGAAGCAAUAUGAAAACUGCAUAAGUUGCCCUAGAUGUGGUUUGUCACGGUGGAAGCUAAACAAAAACAAGGUUGAGAAGAAAGGUGUUCCUGCUAAGGUGGUUUGGUAUUUCCCUCCCAUUCCAAGAUUUAAGCGCAUGUUUAAAUCUUUAGAGACCUCGAGAAAUUUAACAUGGCAUGCAGAUUCUACAAGAGUUGUUGGUCAGUUACGUCAUCCAGUUGAUUCACCAUCAUGGAAGUUGGUGGAUCAUAUGUGGCCUGACUUUGAAAGUGAGCCAAGAAAUCUUCGCCUAGCACUUGCAGCUGAUGGCAUUAAUCCUCAUAGCAACCUUAGUAGUCGGUACAGUUGUUGGCCAAUCAUGUUGGUCAACUAUAAUUUACCUCCAAAUAUGUGUAUAAAGAGGAAAUACAUCAUGCUAACUAUGCUCAUUUCAGGGCCUAAGCAGCCUGGAAAUGAUAUUAAUGUCUAUCUGGAGGUGCUAGUUGAAGAUUUGCAACGAUUGUGGGAAGGAGUUGAUGGAGUCUAUGAUGCUUAUCGCAGGCAGUUCUUCACUCUUAAAGCAGUCUUAUUAUGGACCAUCAAUGGCUUUCUUGCAUAUGGUAACCUUAGUGGAUGUACUACACAUGGUUAUUAUGCAUGUCCAAUAUGCGGAGAAGAUACUUAUGCAAGACACUUGGAAAAUGGGAAGAAAAUGCAAAUGAAGGAGUUUAAUGGCAUGGAGGAACUUGGAGAAGCAGCUAGACCAUUAUCUGGGAUUAAGUUGUUUGACAAACUUUCUGACAUAAGGCAUUGUCUUGAUGUUAUGCAUAUCGAGAAAAAUGUCUUUGAAUCCCUCAUUAAUACUUUGAUGAAUGUUAAAGGAAAAACCAAGGAUAAUGUGGCAACUAGGUUGGACAUGGUUAAGAUGGGAAUUAGACCUGAAUUAACACCUAUAGUUGGGGAGAAAAGAACAUAUCUUCCUCUUGCUGCGUGCUCAUUCACAAAAAAAGAAAAGUUGCAAGUGUGCAAGUCAUUAAAGGAUAUAAAAGUUCCAGAAGGUUUCUCUUCGAACAUGAAUAAUAUUGUGUGCAUGGAUCAGUUGAAGUUGACUUGCUUGAAAUCCCAUGAUUGUCAUGUUUUAAUGCAGCAUUUCUUGCCAAUAGUCAUACGUGAUGCACUGCCAAAACAUGUUAGAUAUGCCAUCAUAAGAUUAUGCUUCUUCUUCAAAGAUAUUUGUUGCAAGGUUAUAGAUGUAGCCAAGUUAGAUAAGCUACAAUCUGACUUGGUUGUUACACUCUGCUUAUUGGAGCAAUAUUUUCCCCCAUCUUUCUUCGAUAUCAUGCUUCACUUAACUGUCCAUCUUGUUCGAGAAGUCCGAUUAUGUGGACCAGUUUACUUCAGAUGGAUGUAUCCAUUUGAAAGAUGCAUGAAGGUUCUUAAGAGUUAUGUGGGCAGUCGAAAACAUCCUGAAGGUUGCAUUGUUCAGAGAUAUUUAGCAGAAGAAGCAAUUGAGUUUUGUUCAGAAUACCUUAAUGGCGUUGAUCCUAUUGGAGCCCCUCAAUCAAUUCGAGACUCAAAAGCAAAUAUUUCUGGCUUGCAAGCAUGCAACACACCAAUUAUAGUGCAACAAGUUGAUCUGCAACAGGCACAUUUGAUUGUGCUAGAAAAUAUGGAAGAAGUGGCUGCUGAAAUUGACAGUUGCAAUGGUGGAACAACAUCGACAUUAACAUGGUUGGCCCAUGGACCGCGUGUGCAAAUCCUUAAGUAUAAUAGCUAUGUGAUAAAUGGGAAUUUAUACCAAACAAAGGCGCGGGAUGAUGACAGAGUUUGCCAAAACAGUGGGGUUUCUUUAGUUGCCAACACCAUGCUUGUAUGUAGUGCUAAAGAUAAGAAUCCCUUGUUAGUUGAUGUGUCUUUCUAUGGAGUGAUUGAAGAAAUAUGGGAAUUAGACUAUCAUCAAUUUCAUAUUCCUCUUUUCAAGUGUGUGUGGGUUGCAAAUGACAAAGGAAUAAUCAACAACGAUGAAUGUGGCUUCACCUAG